AUGGCGUUCCUACGCCAAACAUGGACACUCACGCUGAAGAAUUGGAAAAUCAUCUUCCGCCACGCCAUCUCCACCGUCUUCAUCGCCUUUAUUCUCCCAAUAGCUCUGACGACCUUCUUCAGCUUUGCAAAGAACCUCUUUGUUCCCCCGGCUGUCUAUGGCGUUUCUGAUCCAAGGCACAUUCGUACUCUCCCCAACGCUCUCGAUGCUGCCGCCAGCGCUGGAAGGCAGACGCUCGUGUUUGUGAAUAGCGGCUUUUCUGGAGGUGACAUCGACAAGGUCAUCGAUAAACUCGCCACCUCUGUCGACAGCGCCGGCAAGACCGCUCUCCGCCGCUCGUCCGCGACCGACCUUGCGCUUGAUUGCCCUACUAACCUUCGCGGCGUAUCUAACUGCUAUGGCGCUGUUGUGUUCCACUCCUCACCUUCAGAAGGGCCCGGAGACUACUGGAAUUACACCCUUCGCAGCGACGGGGCUUUGCGAAGCAUCGUCAUUGACGUUAAUUCGGACAAAAACGAUGCCCAGAUCUACCUGCUGCCACUGCAGAGGGCCGUCGAUGAAGCAAUUGCUUCCGUUCAGGUCGGUUCGGGUUCUAGCUCUAGUGCUGUCCAGCAAGGCCCACUCCCCGACAUCGUCGACGAAUAUCCAUUUACCAGCCUGAGUCAGCAAGAGCGUGCCGUCCGUGUUAGGAUCAACUAUCAAAGUGCCAUCACGAACUGGAUGGGCGUUGCCUUCAUGACCAGCGUUCUCUUCAUCACCUAUCACCUUACUGGCUUCAUUGCAGCCGAGCGCGAGAGUGGCAUGAUCCGCCUCGUUGAUGCGAUGGUGCCUGUCAAACACAGAUGGUUCACCCAGGCUGCCCGAAUCAUUUCCUACCACGCCGCUUUCACUGUCGUCUACCUUCCGGGCUGGGUUAUAGGAUCACUGGUGCUACGUGCCGGCGUCUUUACUCGCACCAGCGUUGGUAUUGUGCUCAUAUACCACGUCCUGAAUGGAAUAGCCAUGGCGUCCCUCUCCAUUCUGACAUCUUCGCUCUUCAAGAAGGCUCAGCUUAGUGGUAUCGCGGCCGUAAUCGCCAUUAUUCUCCUCGGAAUUCUGGCACAAUCCAUCUCCUACCCCAGCACCGCUGCCGUUGGCGUUCUCGCCUUUCUAUUCACGCCAUGCAACUACGUGUACUUCAUUACUUGGGUGGCACGUUGGGAGCGAGAAGAUCUCCCGGCCGACCUAACAAACGUCGCUCCCAAGAGCCCAUGGGAGAUUUCCGGCAUUAUUCUCUGGAUAUUCCUGAUUAUCCAGAUCUUUUUGUACCCUUUGCUUGGCGCUGUCAUCGAGUCCGCCUUGCACGGCACCACUACCAGAGGCAGGACAAUUGUGUACAAGCAAAAUCAAACCCAGCCCGAUCCUGAUGAGCCGGCUGUGCGUUUAGACGGCUUCACCAAGGUCUAUAGCCCUUCUCGAAUCCGACAUAUGUUUUCUUUCAUUUCACGUCCCCGCGAGCCCGUCCGCGCAGUUGACGGCUUGACAUUGGGUGUUCAAAGAGGACAGAUCUUGUGCUUACUUGGUGCGAACGGUAGCGGGAAGUCCACAACAUUAGACUCUAUUGCUGGCACAAGCAAGCUCACGGGCGGUACCAUCACUAUCGAUGGUUCCGGUGGGCUAGGAAUUGCCCCGCAGAAGAAUGUCAUGUGGGAUGACCUGACGGUGGAGCAGCACAUCGAGAUAUUCAACAGGCUCAAGUCCCCUGGGAAAGGUGCAACCAAGAAGGAAAUUCACGACCUAAUAUUGUCUAUCGACCUGGAGACGAAAGCGAAAGCUGUAUCGAAGUCUCUUUCAGGCGGUCAGAAACGCAAGUUGCAAUUGGGCAUGAUGCUUACAGGAGGAAGCGCGGUUUGCUGCAUCGACGAGGUCUCCAGUGGCAUCGACCCUCUGUCGCGGCGGAAGAUUUGGGAUAUUCUACUAGCCGAGCGCGGAAGACGGACGAUAAUACUUACGACUCACUUUCUCGAUGAGGCCGAUCUUCUCGCCGACCACAUCGCUAUUCUCUCAAAAGGCACUCUACGCGCUGACGGCUCUUCGGUCGAAUUGAAAGAUCGCCUGGGUGGCGGUUACCGAGUCCACGUGAACAAGGACGCGGGUAUCGAAAAUACACCCGACGUUGAGGGAGUUCAGAAGAAGAUACAUUUCGAUCUGAUAAGCUAUGUUGCCCCAUCUUCGUCGCUUGCCGCGCAGGUGAUUCGUACCUUGGAAGCCCAUGGCUUCCACGAUUACCGUUUUUCCGGGCCGACCAUCGAGGACGUUUUUCUUCAGCUAGCAGAGGAAAUCCACGGUUCUGAGGCCAGCGACACCGUCCCCGAUUCCGGUUCGGACCUGAACGAAAAGGGAGUAGCGAGUGAGACUUCCCCCGUUGGCGCCACACCUCAAGCGGGACUUCAACUACUAAGGGGUCAGCAAAUUGGGUACAUGCGGCAGGCUGCUAUACUUUUUCGGAAACGAACGACGGUCCUCAAGACAAACUGGAUUCCUUACCUCGCAGCGCUGGUGUUGCCUGUGGCAGCCGCUGGCCUCGUUACGCUGUUCAUUAAAGGCCAAACGCAAAGUGGCUGCGCUCCAUCUGAAGAACAGUCGCUUGAUCAGACGCAAGGUAUCAGUCUGACAGAUUUUACAUGGAAACUGGUUCUCGGACCCAAUUCGCGAUUUGACCUCAACACUGCCGCCAGCGUUCUUCUGCCAGUGUUUAACGCUGCUGCCGGUAACUCUGUUAACGGCUCCACCUCUGGGACCGGAAUAGACUUCGCGAGGCAAUUACUCGCGGGGAACGCCACUUUUACGGACAGCUUCAAAGCCUUUCAGGACACCGUCGUUGCACGGCGGCUAGAGACUGUCCCUGGCGGGAUCUGGCUAGGAGACGACUCCACGGUGCCCACCAUCGCAUACAUGUCGAACUACAAUGGCUUACUGAACCCCCUUUUGAGUCAGAAUAUCCUGGAUAUGCUUCUGAGCAAUGUUACGGUCAUGAUGUCAUGGGCACCCUUUGCUACACCUUGGCAACCUAAUGACGGUAACUCGCUACAGUUCCUCGUAUACACCGGAAUCGCACUUGCAUGCUACCCCGGAUUCUUCGCCCUGUACCCGAGUCUAGAGCGUCGACGCCAGAUUCGUGCCUUACAGUACAGCAAUGGAGUUCAAGUUUUGCCUCUAUGGGCGGCGUACCUGGCUUUUGACAUUAUUAUCGUUCUAGUGUCAACAGCUUUGGUAACCAUGAUCUGGGCUAUUUCGUCCGGCAUUUGGUACCACAUCGGAUACAUCUUUCUUAUCUUCAUGCUCUACGGCCUGACUGCAAUUUUGCUGGCCUACGUCAUAUCCCUAUGGUGCAAGACGCAACUGUCAACUUAUGCUUGGGUAGCUGCUGGGCAGGCGGUUUUAUUUUUGAUCUACUUGAUAGCCUACAUGUGCACUAUCACGUAUUCCCCGGUCCCGAAAGUCGACCGCAACAUUCUCGUCGCUCACUUCGUCAUCUCAGCUUUUGCGCCUAUUGGUUCUGUUGUUCGGGCUAUGUUCCUCGUUCUGAACUUGUUCUCAACGGCCUGCGACGGACGACAGCUUGCGGCGAAUCCGGGCGGCAUUCUUCAGUACGGUGGGCCAAUCUUGUACUUGGUUCUGCAGUCCAUCCUUCUUUUUGCACUUCUGCUAUGGGCCGAUAGUGGCUCCGUUGGUUCCUCAGUCCGGCGACUUUGGCAGCGGAAGUAUGACGGACCGAUGGAGGAUGGUAGCGUCGCUGAGGAGGAAGUCACAACCGAAUUGAAAAGAGUGACUACGACAUCGGGCAACGACGACGGCCUCCGAGUGAUACACCUGACCAAGACUUUUGGCAAGAACACAGCGGUCGAUAACGUAACAUUUGGGCUCAAGCGCUCUCAGGUUUUUGCCCUUCUGGGGCCCAACGGCGCUGGGAAGUCGACUACUAUAUCACUCAUUCGCGGAGACCUCAAGCCAAGUCGGAACGGUGGUGAGAUCCUCGUCGAAGAUCGAUCUGUUAUUCGCAAUCUAGCGGCUGCUCGAGCUCACCUCGGUGUGUGCCCUCAGCAUGAUGCGUUGGAUCUGAUGACUGUUCGGGAGCAUCUCGAGUUUUACGCCCGCAUCCGGGGCGUCCCUAAUAUUCACCACAACGUCAAUACCGUCAUGCGCGCUGUUGGUCUUCAGGCAUUCUCAUAUCGUAUGGCGGCGAACCUGAGUGGCGGUAAUGCUCGUAAACUGAGUCUUGGUAUCGCGUUGAUGGGAUCUCCAAGUGUUAUCUUACUCGACGAGCCGUCCUCCGGGUUAGAUGCCGCCGCCAAGCGAAUUAUGUGGAAGACACUGGCAGCCAUUGUCCCGGGCAGAUCCCUCCUCCUCACUACACAUAGUAUGGAGGAAGCCGAUGCUCUCGCAGACCGUGCAGGAAUUCUAGCGAAGCGUAUGCUUGCUUUAGGCACGACGGAUGAUCUCCGUCAUCGCUUCGGUGAUGCACUUCACGUCCAUUUAAUAAGCAAAACGGCACCACAUACGACAACUGAGGAAACCACACAGCUUCGUGACUGGGUGACGUCGACAUUUCCAGGAGCUGAUGUGGAGGAGAAGACGUACCAUGGUCAAAUGCGCUUUUCCGUACCCGGUAGAGAGGUUCUCAGAGAAUUCAGCGGCGACAAAGCCAGAGAUAUCACGCCGGCAGAAGAUCGCUCGUCGAGUGCAGUUGGCCAGCUGGCUGUCAUGCUAGAGGAGCAGAAAGGGACGCUGGGUAUCAACCAUUUUAGUGUUUCGCCGACCACUUUGGACCAGGUGUUUUUGAACAUCGUCGGCAAGAAUAAUAUUCAAGAGGAGGGUUACAAGGAGCCCGAGAAGAAGGCGUGGUGGCGGCUCGUACAAUGA